AUGGAACUUAAUCACGUUCGGCAGAGAUCGGCCAGCCAUGGCUCUCUGCAGAGUAGUUUCAGAGGCCCGAAUCGAGCAAGGAGUCAAACCAAUCCUCGGCCAAGCUCGCAGCGUCGGCCACUGCGCUCUGUCAAUGAAAACGCACAUCUGCUACGUUCACCGGGGCCACUUGAAAGCAUGCUAAAGACUACUACGGAGACUGGAGACAUUGGAAUUUUCACAAUCGCACCGCAAUCCUCCCGUGUGAGUGGCAUGCCGUCCUGCCCACAACUGUCGACUGCAGCGGAUGAGAAUAUUCCACGAACUCCUCAUCGCAGGGAUGCCGGGCACUAUUCAGAUGAUAGGAAACGAUUACCUUCCUCCUAUAGGGAUACAACAUCCGAAAUUCUCUCCUUGUAUGGCUCCGAUAUCUUCCCUCCGUGCUCGAGAUCUUUCUCCCCUUCAGUGGAUGAAAGCCAACGGUCAUAUUCUUUGACAACUUGUAGUUCAAGACGGGCCCAAUCGCAAAAGUCCUCGGCAACUCUCCAGAGUCAAUCCAGUGCUGUGGCUCGACAGCGCCCACGGUCUCCAUUUGGUUACCCAGCGCGAUUAAAGAGAUCCGAUAUGAGGCCUGCGUCACCCGCUCUGACUAAAAAUGGAGUGGUUGACUACAGCAGAAUGGUAGAGCUGGAUCGAGUUUCCCAUAGAACUACCUACGGCUCCUACAGGUCAACAUAUGCUACUGAGCCGCGCCGCCCACUCCCAUUUUCCCUUCAUUCAGAUGCCAACGGAUCAACAAUGUCGCUACCGUCGAGGUCCCCGGCGCCGCAUCCGACGUGGUCAAGCCCUGCCCGCUCCAGGACGCCCAGCUCUCACCUUACGGUACCAGUCAAUGUAGACGCUGACAGAAGGGGCUCCAACGUGCAUACUGUCAGAUCCGCCAGUCUAACCUCUAUCGUUCAAAUGUAUGACAGUACUAUGAAAACUGAGAGCUCAGGUUUCUAUGGAUCCUUCUAUUAUGACUACACCGAGGGGUUCGAAGAGGAUAUACCCCUAGUUGAAACUGCUCCCCCAUUAUGCCCCAUUCCUCAAAGAGUCAAACAACUUCGAACCCCGGUGAUCUUAAAAGACGAAUUCGAGGAUCAUUUAGGAGAGAUGGAGACGGCAACUCCUUCAAGUUGUAGGGGAGUAAUAGAUCAGUCGUUACCAGACAACCAAGAGGGAUCUAGUAGCCCAGAUCCCGCGCCCUUAACCACAGGCGCCAUUGAUUCUCCCGAGGAAAGCUGCUCGAUUCCCCAUGAUCUUCCUAGGAUUGCAAAAGCAGACAUUGGUCCCCCUCAUUCAGCCGUUCUCGAAAAAGAGGGCUCAAAAGAGGAAGUGUCACCCCAAAAGAAAGAAAUUGAAAAACCGGAGGCGCUUGAUCGACCCGAACCCCAGGCUCCCAACAUGUAUUCAGAAACGAAAGUGACUAUCAUAUCCAGGAAGGAUGCAAAUCAAGAUUUGGGAGCUCAACUCAAGAACAGGGAUCGGGGGCUCUGGCGGCGUUCCAAAACACUCCCCUCCAUGUCCGAGUUACGGAAGCUCGCUGAGAAAAAUCCCACUCCGGAGCCCAACUUCCGGAAUCUCAGUGAUCCCAUUGAGCCUAAGCCUUCCGAGUUUGCCACGCUUCUCACGUCGUUAGAUCGCCUAGGGAAAGCCGCUCUCCCUGACAUCGAGGUCAAUAUUCAACAUUCCAGCAACUCGGCAGGGAAAGAAGACGAACAGAGUAAUGCGAUUGAAAAGGAUGGAAAGGCCACGGACAGUGUGGUUAUCUCCGGAACGAGCAAGGAGGAAAAGGAUUUUCAAAAAAGGCACCGUCGCAAUUUGGCCGCUCUUCGAAUCAGCACCACGGGGCUAAGUGGUAUUGAUUCUAAAUCACACAACGUUCCUCGCGCCUCGGAAGAAAUCCCGAUUUUGUCUCCAGAACCAAUAUCUCCAGCUCGAGAACUACGGGUUAAGAACAGCAUUCCACAAUUAAUGAAGGCUCUUCCUCCACUACCGGGGAGCACGUGUCUAAACUUGGCUGAAAAUCAAGAGCAUAUGGUUGGCGCACCGCCAAACGACUCCUCUAUUGACUCAAACAUGCCCGGCGUUAAAUUGACUUCGGUCAAUUUCGGGAUACCUCCUGCUCGCCAUGCAAGUCCUCAAAAAUUUAAGCUCAAGGUUAGAAAAUCUCUUACUCAAGAGGCUGAUUGCCAGGGUCAAACCCCAGCGCCGAGUUCAACAGAUGGAAUCCCACCUGCCCCGGCCAGCGCCUCACCAGGGAGGAAGAGGCUCAAAAUCAAAAUAUCUCGAACUCACCUGGGGAAAGGCCUUGGAGGAUGCCAGGGGACGGUUAUCAGAAGCCCAGCAUUGAAGCAGUGCAAUUCUCUUGCAGAUCUUGAGUACUCUUCACGAAGAGACAUGUUCACCAAGCCGAAUCACAUGGUGGACCAGUCGGCAAUGCAUAAGCUGGAAGGAGCCAGACCAGUUUUGUCAAAUCAAAUUGAUGAUGAUGACGUGUUGGCUUCGCCCCUCUGGGACGCUGGUGAUCUGGGCACAAAUUGUCUCGAAAUCGCUAAAAGUCUCGAAUUGAAAAGCCCCUCGCUCAUCUCCCCCGUUAAAGAGAUUCAGCCUGGAGAGACUCGAGGCAUGUCUCCUCAUGAGAUCAAACCUCGCGAGCACGGCCUUCGGCAGAAAAUAUCGCUUUUCCACCUACGGCUCGGCAGCACUCCAUCGAAAAAGUGCAAGAGAGCUCCAACCCCUCUCCCAUUUUCAUUACAGGAAAUGUCCGGGUGCGCUCGGGGCAUGACCAUCGAUCACCAAAUGCUGAAUCCGCCAAACGAAAUUGUCUCGAAGCGAUCAGGGCGAGUGGGCAUCCGUGUCCGCAAAUGGGCAAGAGGUGCGAAACGAGUUGUGCGUUCUUGUGUGAAGAAGAAGAAGUUGGAUUCAUAA